AUGUCUUUCUACAUGCGAUGGUAUGGUAUAUCUUCAAAUUCAAUCCGCAAUAUUUUAUCUUACUUUGUUCAGAUGGUACCUAUAUUACCUACGGCGCUCGUCUCUCGAGCUGGAGUAUCGUUCGAAGAUCGCGAAUACUGGAAUAGUGCGCUAUUAUUAUCGGAAGCAGUUUCGGCUCUUCUCUGCAUGCCCAUGUUUUUCUUCUCUCUGGACGCCUCCAAUCGCCAGGAAAUGUACCUCUUCAGCCUCGUUAUCCUGUCCGGCUCAAUGGCGUUUUUCAUAACCGCGAGCUCAGUGACGGGGUUUAUGUAUGCGAAAGUGCUGCAGGGUGCUUCAACAGCUAUGAUGACCGUGUCCGUCCUCGAAAUUUUGACCGAUGCAGUGGACAAGCAUCAGGUUGGAGAGAUGGUUGGGUAUGUGAGCACUGCUAUGAUUCUGGGCGUGAUGUCUGGAUCCCCGAUAGGAGGUAUAGUCUUUGAGUUUGGAGGGUACUACUCUAUUCUUUCGAUGGGGUUUGGGAUCCUUGCGCUGGACAUGGCUUUGCGACUUUGUAUGAUUGAGAAGAGAUUUGCAUUGCGUUGGCUUACCCUGCCUGAGUAUUGUCCUUAUAGAGGUCAUACUUAUAUAUCGGGCUAUUUCUCUUGUGAAACGGUUUUCAAUCAACGGAGCUCUUCUAGUUCCGGGACUGGGGGCUCUUUCGAUCUAGUGAAGCUCUUGCGACAAUCGCGCAUUCUUAUUAGCCUGUGGGCUGUGAUUGUCAGCGCGCUGGUAAUUUCUGCAUUUGAUGCAACACUCGCCGUUUUUGUCCAAGAUACGUUUCAUUCGAGUGCCCUGGGGGCGGGUUUGAUAUUCAUCCCGAUAACAUUUGCAGCACUCCUGCAGCCCUUCGCCGCGUACAUCUCCAAGCGCUUUGGCUGUCGAAUCAUUGCUUUUGUUGCUUUCGCUGCCCUAUCACCGACGCUCAUCUGCCUUCGCUUUAUCGAGCAAGACACCUCAUUUGACAGCUCCAUUCUCUGCGUGUUUCUGCUCGGGAUCGGACUGUGUAUCAAUCUCGCCGAGCCAGCUCUACUCAUCGAGAUUCAACGCGUCCUUAAUGACAUGGAGACGGAGAAUUCGUCAGUCUUUGGCGAUAACAGUGCCGUUUCUCAGGCAUUUAGUCUCCAAAUUAUGGCUCGGUUUGGAGGAUUUGUGCUUGGGCCCAUCCAAGGUGGCUUUAUUUCAAUCUACUAUGGAUGCGAUGUCAUGACUCUCAGUUUGGGUGUAUUAUCUCUACUCACGGCUGUGUCCAUGCUCUGGCUAAGUGGGGAACGGGGUAGUGAUGGAGAUGCAGAGAGACGGCCAUUACUUUCUGUAUAA